GAUGGCGAAGUUGAAAGAACUUUCGUUCCUCUUUUUAUGUUUCUUAUGCAUAAGCUUUUCGUCAGGUGGCAUGCUGGACGGAGUUUUAGACGACAUCACUACUUGUGUGGACGUUUGUUCAAAUACGUAUUCUCCUCAUACAUACGAAAAGAGUUACCUUGUGGAAAGCUGCAGAAGAGGAUGCAGAUUUUUCUCCAUAAUGGAGCUUAUAUAUGACCAUGAGUGUAGUUUCAAUCUUACACAGAAAGGCUGUAUAUCAUCAUGUGAGGAGGCCUACAACAAGACAGAAGAAUAUGAUGCAUGCUCACUGGGCUGUAAGAGCCAGAUACCCCAGGCCAAAAAACAACAGGAAAUGGCUCAGAUAGACGACCCCAACAUCCAUGUGUUGUACCCUCUUAUGUAUGUACACAGUCUCUACAGUAAUAUGAUAGACAAAGUUUACAAUGGUAUGUCCAUAAGCUGGUCAUUCUACAUGCAGUCAGAUAAUGGAAAGGUGAUAGUGGUGCGUUCAGAGCCACAGCUCUACACAGACCUGGAGGGAGACGAGCUGGACGAUGAGUACAACACAGCUAACUACCUUGAGACCAACAUGCAGCCCUUGGAUAGGUCAGCCACACCAAUGCUGAGGAGCUCACAGAUGCAUCCCCUGCGUAGUGAUCCUGAGUUAGACUUGCGUGAUCCUGAAGCCCAGCGGUCAGGUGACUGGUUAACAUGUGUGUCACGUAAAACUGGCCUUCCUCGCCUCUUCCUUAGCUUACUACUUCUAUCUUGUGCGGUCAUGAUGAUUUGGUUGUGUUUAGCUGCCACGGUCACCGCACCUGAUCAGAGGGUCAAAACUGAAAGUCAGAAAUUAAGUAUCAAUGGAGAUCUGGAAUAUUUGAAAGAGCUGGAGGCUAUGGGUAUCAAGCUGAGUUUUCCACAGGACCAGGAGGCAGGGCCUCUCCCCAUCAAAUUACAGGUGAAUCGUGUUUAAUUACUGUCACACGAACUGCCUCAGAUGUUCAUCAGACACUACACAAACAAGCACUGCUAGCAUCAGUGUCAACCUGUAAAUAUUUAGGAUGCUUAGAACAUUUGAUAAUUGACUAAAUUGUCUUUCAUAUUUGUGUAGGAUCAUUAUGAAUUUUCUUUAUGUCAGGUGGAAGGUGGAUAUAACUCAUCAUUGCUUAUUUUGUCAGUAUUUUGUGGGAAUAACUUGCAAUAAUCAGCCUGGGUUUUGUUUCUUAUGUUAAUAGAAAAAUUAUUAAGAUGCUUUCCAACAUACUUUACUCUUCUAUUAUACUCUAAUUUUAAGUUCUGAUGUAAAAAAGAGAAACUAAAUGGUAAAGAUGCUUCGAGGGGUUGAGUACAGUCUGGGAAGACUCUGAAGACAAGUCCUGUGAUUUUAUGGUGAUGCUUGGAUAGUCGCAGUUAUAACUACCUUGGAUAAAAUACUAAGAAGGAUAUUGAUCUUCUUUCAUUGUCACAGGUGUAAAUUACAGCAAACAGUAUCUCAAAAGGUUAAGAAUUAAAGCUUAAUGCUUUACUAUCUUAUUAAGAUAAUGUGUAUGAUAUAAACCUGAAAAGCUCUUUGAAGGGUUAAUGGACCUUUACAUAUGCUUUAAGGCAUUGUGUUGAGCUUAGAGUUCAGCUCUGAGGUCUGGCCAAGUCUGUUUUGUUUGGUCAGGUUCUAUGUAUUGAGAUAUACAUGGAAUAAUCUUGUACACAGUUUUACCAGAAUCAAAUGUCAGUAAUGAUGAAAUUCAGGUGUGUUAAGAUGAGUAGCUGUCAGGUAUCACCAUGCUGUCUGUUUAGAUUUGUCAUUAGAAAAAUGUCCAGAAUCAGAAUUUUUUCUCCUCAUAGCAAAGCCUAUCAUUUUGUUGUCCUUUUUUCCUCAAGAUGCUUUUAAGUGUAAUUCAUUUUCAAAACAAUACCUAAUUUUUUUUCUAUAUAUCUAUAUAUAUAUACACACACCAGGUAAAAAAACUGUUAUUCAUCAACUAGAAAUUUUCAGAGAUUAAGUGAGAUGAAAAUGUCUUAUUCCACAUGUUAUUUAUUUAUGAGAUGCAUACUCAUUGAUAGUACAUGGGUAACUCUGACAGAGGCUGAAUCUAUGGAUUUUGUUUCCUUAUCCUUUAAUCUCGUGUAAUUAAAAUAUUUCUGUGUGUAACUGUAUGUAUCUUUGUAGAAAUAUAUUCUUUACCUUGUUUAAAGUUGUUGAUUGUUUGAACUGAGUGCUGAUUUAUGAAAGAAUAGAUGUGAAUUUGUGAAUAAUACAUUUUUAAUAUGCAUCUUGAUAAUAUGAAUGACUUUUUUAUGUUCUAAUCAAUAUUCGGGAUAUUUUCUUGUAGAAAAGAUAUUAUGUUGCUUCUUUAUGUCUAGCCUGUUUUGAUGUCGAGUUAUGUAGUUCACGGAGAAUUUGUAUAUAUAUACUGAUGGUUUAUAUUGUCUUGUAAUUUAUGGAUUAAUGACUUUGUAAGGUCUGAUUAAAGCUACAAUAUUUCAAACUUAUUAACUAACCCAAGAGAUCCAACACAAUAUCAUGAACAUUUCCCUUUUUUUCCUAUCUUGUGCCUUACACAUUGCUGGCCAGAUAUAUGGUAGUCAGAAGGAGAUGAAAAAAAAAAUCGUAACAGAGAUAUUGGAAUAACUUGAACAUUUAAUAUUUCAAUUCUUGUUAUAAGGUAGGAAGUCUUGAUGAGAUACCUUUAUCCGUGCAGGUGAGUGGUAUUAUCUGUAAGACGGACAAUAUUUUCAGGACCAUUUUCAUACGAAAAAGCUGUGCUGUGUUUUCAGGCAGAAUCGUUAGACUCAAAAGAGUACUUGAUUGUGAAUAUCUCAUUGACACUGAAGGCUUGACAAACAAGAAGUCAUCUUCUCCAGUUACCAAUCUGACAUAAUGUAAACUGGCGUUCAAAAAAGUUUGGGAAAUAUUGGCAUGUUCUUUUGAUGUCAGAUGGUUUGAUGUUACAUUUGACAAUAAGAUGACACCAUUUUUAAUUGAUCACUCUGUAUGGUAGUGUACCAUUUUAUGCUGUCAUUCGAUACAAAUAGUUUGGAAAACUGUUUUCAUAUACUUGAAAUAUACAUGAAAAAAAUUUGAUGGAAAACCAACUUGUUCAACCUUCACUUCGUUUGCAUACCAACAGGAAAAUUGACAAAUUUCAAUGCAGUGAAUAGAAAGAACCGCUUUGAUAAGUCAAAACUACAAAGUUAUCAUCACUGUAAAAAUGAUAUUAUUACGAGAUGAAAUAGUAUUUCUUUUACCAUCACUGCAGUGAUGAUUUAUCGAGUUAAUAAAUUGCUAUAUAUCACUGGCAAAAAUGUAAUAAAUUUAAUCUGAGUGAUCGUUGUGUCUGAGGGUCCCUGAUAAUGAGGACAACUGUUAGUAAACCACCACAGACCAUGUUUGCUUUGAAAUCUCUGGUGUUCCUUUUUGAGGACACAAGUUGCAGUGGCUGUUUGAUCCUGCUUCAGGUAUCUACAAUGUUUCCCUUUCUAUAGUCACUGUUACCCCAAGGCUGGCCACAAUAUUAAUAUUUGUGGUCUCAUUGCUGCUGUACUAAUUGAUGAGAAGUCAUAUUUGAUGCUCCAGUAAAUACUACAAAAAGGAGUUCAGGAAACCGUGAUGAGGUUCUGCAAGAAAGUGAAUGUGUAUAUUUAUCUAGCAUGGUAAGUAUAUGUAGGUAUCUAACCAGCAUGAUUACAACAUGUCAUUGUGUCUGUGAAGUUAUAUAUAUAUACACCUAGCAAUGUGAUUACACCUCAUCUUUUGUCUUGUCUGUAUAUAUGUACAUCUAGCCAGCAUGAUUACACCCGAUCAUUUGUUGCGCCCGUAUGUGUUAACAUACAAUGCACUAUUUUGUGUUUUGGGAGAAAACACUCACAAGUUCAACCAUGUGUGGUAAAAAACGGGAUAAACUAAUUGUGUUAUGUAUGUGUAGAUGGUCAGGUGUUGAAUAUACAAUUGCAAAAUUAAUGUACAAAACUUUGUUUUUGCUUACUGGCUGGAUGUUUCGUGGCUUUUGGAAGUUGUUAUUGUUUUGGAACUUUUGUGGAGGUUCUCUGUAAAUUAAACAUUGACAGAGGUAGGACUAUAUAACAUCAUUAAUACAUAAGUACUUCAAUCUAGAUACAAAAGAAAACAUAGAAACACACCAUAUGUAUUUAAAUGUUUGGUGAUUCAAAGCAAAUUUAGUCAUUUGAAUGUUUUCAGACCCUCACUUUUUUGUGGCCUGGGUAGUAGGCACUAUAUGUAAUGAACUGUUAUGACAAAGAGAUAUAAAUACCUAGUAUAAACUGUUUGAAAUGAAGGGGCUCCUCCUCCAAACAGGUUGAGAAAUUUAUAGGAGUUGUUUUACAAUAGAUAGACCAAGUGUUGUGUUAAAUUUGCAUUUAUAGGUGAUUUUGAAUAACACUAGAGUUUUGAUUAAAUCUACAUUUUUUGUUACUAAUUGAAAGACUACUUUCUCAAAAGAAAAGAAAUCCCAACAUUUUAUUUAAUAUAUGAUAGAAGAAAUCAUAUGGAAAUAAUUUAAGAGAAAUCCUUCAGUAUCAUCUACAAAGCACAACUGUGAAACAUGGAAUAUUUGGCAAUUAAUUUAUUUAUUAAUGAAUGCUCUGAUCUGGGGCACUCUAUCUUUUGGAAUUUCAACUUUUUUACACCAUUUGUUAAGAUACUAGAUGUAAGUGUUGUCUUCAUAAAUGACAGCUUCAUUUUGCAGAGUUUGUUUUAGUAGUUGAAAAUAAGUAAAAUAUUUUCAUUUUUUUUUAAAAUUGGAACAUCUAGAGUGUUCCUGAAGUGACUUUGGGUAUAGUGGAUUGUGGUAGAUCUGUGAAUCUGAAUGUUUAUUGAAUAGAAAAAAAACAGGUGAAACUCUUGAAUAUUCAUUGAAACCAGUUUUAAGGAAAAAGACAUUUGAAACAAUGAACAUUAAUGAUUGACGAAAAAAAUGUGAGACACCAUGUAUAUUCAUUGAGGAAAAUUCUGCGCCAAAAGAAUUGGUUCCAGGAAUUGUGGGAUAUCCUGAUCAUAUUUGAUACUUGUACUUGUUAUGUCGCUUCAGCUGUUAUCACUAGUGCUCAUUUCUAUUUAAUAGCUUGGUGUUUUUAUGGUAACAUUUCUAAUUCGUCAUUAGGGAUGUUUAAAAUGACAACUGUUACUAUCAGUAAGUGACAAAUAGAUAGGGUUCUAAUUAUGUAAUUAUCAAUAUGUUAUAUGUUAAAACCAGUGACUGGAGUCACAAAAUUACUUGUAACACACUUUUAAUUAUUUUUUUUUCAAGUAAAUGCAGGGCAUUGCUUCUGUAGAGGAACAUUCCUUCGGAUGAGUUAAGAGUCCUAAACAUAAUCCUAUUGGAUUAGUACUUCAUUAUGUAUUGAGGUUAAGUUCUUGUAGCUGGUUUUAUCAUUUAAAUCAUGUUUUGGUAUAUCUUUUUGGUGUAUAUGUAUUGCCUUUUCAACAAAACUUAUUAUGGAUAAUCAUUUGAAUAAAGAGGGUUAAUACAAUUUA